GGCCAGGCGCCCUCGGGGCCAGGGUCUACCCGAGGAGCCGCUUCGCACGAGACACAGGGGCCUGGCCCCCGCCGCACGCGACUCCUAGGGGCGGGCCGAUCCCCGUGGAGCCCCGCCCCCUCAGCCAAAUUCCGGCCGGACCAACCUCUCUCUCCGGGGGGGCGCGAGCGAUGGGCUCUGCCUCGGGGUAGGGGCCGCGAGCAGCCGGGCGGGGAGCCCCGGUGCCCCCCCCCCCCCCCGGGCGGAGGCAGCGGCUGCCGGGGGUCGCGCUCAUGCUGCUGUCGCUCUGUGCCCUCAGCUGGCCGCGGCGAGUUGCGCCAUGGAGCAGCCCGAGGGGAAGGAGAGGUUCCUGCUGGAGGCCGCCGCCCCGAAGCAGCCGGGACCCGCGCUGGAUUCCUGCGAGGCAUCUCCAGAUGAGGGACUAAUAGAAGAUUUGGCUGUUGUAGAUAAGAAAGCUGUGGAGCAACUAACUGAAGGGUUGAUUUCUCAUUAUUUACCUGAUCUUCAGCGAUCAAAACUAGCCCUCCAAGAGCUCACACAGAAUCAAGUAGUGUUACUAGACACAUUAGAGCAAGAAAUCUCAAAAUUCAAAGAAUGUAAUUCCAUUCUUGAUAUCAAUGCUUUGUUUUCAGAAGCUAAACAUUAUCACAACAAGCUAGUGAAUAUUAGAAAAGAGAUGAUGAUGCUCCAUGAAAAGACAUCAAAGUUAAAAAAAAGAGCACUCAAACUGCAGCAGAAGAGGCAGAAAGAAGAACUAGAACGAGAACAGCAACGUGAGAAGGAACUUGAAAGAGAGAAACAGUUAACAGCAAAACCAGCUAGAAGGACAUGAAAGCUGAGCAUACAUCAACUUGUCCAAAUUAAUUAUUUUUAAAUUCUCUGGACUUGUUAAGGCAGACUCUGUUAUAUUGGUGAGCUAAAGUUGUUACUGGGAAAAGAGUCUCUUGUACAGUAUUAUAAACUCCAGAAUACUAAUAACCAGUUGCUAAAUUGCCACUUUUCCAUUUCAGCCAUACAGGAUGCCUUCUUUUCUAAUGCUAUGCUGUUUGAUAUUAAUCAUAAUGUAAAUUUAGUUUUGAUCUAUGCAGGGGAAUUUAAAUGUCAUAAUUUUAAUUACGUAUCUGUUCAUUUUCCAUUUGUUUUUUCUGAUGUUUAAAAUAUUGGCUAAAAAAUAGUAGGCUGUGUAUUCUUUCAAACAAAAUGUGGAAUGUGGUUGGUGCAGUUUGGGAGUUCAGCUAUGAUCCAUGGACAUCCGCAGCUCUGCACCCUUCAGAUGUAUUUGUCGUCUUGUUGAGGCCACAAGUCACAAAUAUCAGCCUUCUGUGCCAGUUAGGUAUAGUGGAUCUCUCUCCCUUAAUUGCUAUAUAACUGAGCAUUAAAGCCAUAUGAUAUUACUGAUCGUGUGUGAGAAAUACAAAUGACAUCCUUAUGUUGGGACUCUUUCCUCCUCUCUUCCCUCCUUCCCCCACUCUCCACACACACUUAGGCUGAUGGGCCCAGUUUAUUUGGGUGGAGACUCUCUUUAUUUCAGCAAUCUUCCUUGGAUCUUAUAACUACAUAGUUUGAGAUGAUCACUUCUGACUAUUCCCCAAACCUGACAGGAUGAAUGUGAAAAACCUGUUAAAUUAAGAUUGGCAUAACUGAUGCAUGCAUUGUACAAGAGUGAUCCUAUAAUGGAAUUGCCAGCCCUUGUGCUUGGAUAAGUGCUUUCUCGGAUGGCUGUGAUUCAGACCAAAGUAAUUGAAACUAAGGUACGGGUUAGAGAGAGAGACUGUGAAGCCAAGUCAGUUGUAUUGUUAAACAGAUCUCAAAGGGUUCAAAAGCUGUAGAUUUCAUUGCUUUCUAUGUAAUAGACACUAGUUUAAAUUCAUUUACAUCUUCAGGAAAAAUUCUUGCAGUGUGAUAUUGUUUAAUGCAAUUGACUUAGUAUUAACACUUAGACUUAAAUGGGAGAAUCUACUUCUCAUGGUUAAAUUUUGUCACGAGCUGAUGACAACUAGUACUGAAAAACUGUAUCUGGAAUGCUCUUAAGUAAAUGUGGGGUGGGGAUUAACUACAACUUCUCUGAAUGUGUAACUGCUUUCUUAUAGAAUUUGGUACAGCUUCCCGUUCAAAUGAAUAUAUACGCUGUUUAACAGUCUAGAUAAGCUUUUAACUAUUUCAUUUCUGCAGUCUGACAAAAUAGUUAUUUUACAUCUGUACCUUUUGAAUCAAUAUUAGUAAAAUAAAUGUUGUCACCUGAGUUGACAUGCUUAUCAGGAAGUAAGUAAGAUUAAGUGUAAAUUUUUAGUAAACUAUUUAUAAAAAUGGAUAGCAAGACAUUUAAAGGGACACCAACUUGAAAUCGAAUUGGUUUUUAAAAAAUAAUUAAAAGUAGUUUCAAAUACUACAUACGCCUGCCCUGAUUUCUCAAUAUUUAUGAUGUUACAACCAAAUUUUUCCUAUUUUUUAAGUGGUUUUCCUUUUUCUUGUUAUGUGAAUGACCUUCUCAAACAGGGAAAGAGCAAAACUAACUAUAUGUAAAGUUUCAGAGUGGUAGCCGUGUUAGUCUGUAUCAGCAAAAAGAACGAGGAGUACUUGUGGUACCUUAGAGACUAACAGAUUUAGUCUCUAAGGUGUCACAAGUAGACCUCGUUCUUUUUAUAUGUAAAGUGCUGUCCAAUUCAUAGUGUAAACAGAGGAGGUGAGGAGACGAAACUCAUAAUUUUUCAGUUGCAGUAAUUAAGUAGAUACCUGUAGCAAUAAUAGAUGUCUUUGUUUCUUUUUUAAUUGACUUUGCAGGAGAAUUGUUGACCUAUACUUUGUGGGGUUUUUAUUAAUGCAUUUCUAAAAAAUAUGUACAAAAAUGCUAACAUCCGUUUUUGUAACAGAGUGUAAAUAAAUUAAGUAAAUUUAAAUAUUAA